AAAUUUGGCGCUGUGCAUCCUGGGAUUAAGUUCAAACUUUGUCGUCUGCUACUGAAGACAUGUCAGAUCCAGAAGUUGUUGUCUCUGCCCCGGGAAAAGUCAUCUUGUUUGGAGAACAUGCAGUUGUUUAUGGAAGGAAAGCCAUUGCUUCCAGUCUGGACCUGCGUACACACCUGGAGGUCCACUUGUUACCUGACAGUACCUCAGUGACCCUGGAGCUUCCUGACAUUCACCUGUCCAAAACAUGGCAGAUGGCAGACCUCGCAGCUGCUCGACCAACAGAUGUUGACCUCAAGAAUCCAAGUCCUCCCAGUGACCAGUACUUAGCAGCGUUACACAGACUGGCAGGGACUGAUGCUGACAACACAGACGCCAGGAGCCUGGCAUUGCUGGCCUUCUUGUACAUGUAUACAUCCAUUCACGCAACAGCAAGGAGAUGUCCCGCAGGAAGGUUUCAUGCAUCGUCCCAGCUGCCCCCAGGGGCGGGGCUGGGCUCCUCAGCAGCCUACUGUACAGCACUGGCAGCCGGGCUCCUAACUAUGUGUGAUGUCAUAACCAGGCAGGAAGGAAAAAAUGGUGCCGACACAGCGUGGUGUAAGGAUGACCUGGAGGUGAUCAACUCUUGGGCCUUUCAAGGGGAGAGGCUUAUCCAUGGCAACCCCUCGGGGAUUGACAACUCUGUCAGUACAUUCGGUGGUGCAAUCAGCUUUAAGAGUGGGGAAAUAUCUGCAUUCAAAAGUGUUGCCCAGCUAAAAAUACUGCUAGUCAACACCAAAGUUCCACGUAGCACCAAGGUACUGGUACAAGGUGUUCGGGAUAGAUAUAACAGGCUGCCAGCCAUUAUGGAGCCUGUACUGAACUCCAUAGAGGAGAUAUCAUGUACAUGUGAAAAGGUGUUACAGGAGUUGGGCAGUCCUACUGUGGAAAUAAAAGAAAACACUCAGGGGAAAUACUACCAAGUUCUUGAGGAGCUGGUAGACAUUUGCCAGUGCUUGCUGAAUGCCAUUGGUGUGGGGCACCCAUCUCUGGACAAGGUUUCCUCCAUCACUUCUAAACAUGGACUACACUCCAAACUCACAGGUGCAGGGGGCGGAGGGUGUGCACUGGUGCUGCUCAGGCCAGACACUGCUGCAGAUGUUAUAGACAAGGUGACAACAGAACUGAGGGAUUGUGGGUUUGAUGUGUGGGAGACAGCUAUCGGUGCUAGGGGAGUGUCACAGCACAGUUAGCCAAACUAAGCACAAUGAUUAUCAAAAUUUUAUUGUAAAUCAUGACAAGGGCUAGAAUCUAUCUUGGUAAAAACUAAAGUCAAACUCAAAUCAAAGUCAAAACAUUCCACUGAAGACUUUUAGAUCUGUUUUCAUUCUGUACUUGAUAAUUCCUUGGAAUAUAAAUUAUGUGAUCCUGUAAGUUUCCAAAGGAAUCAUGUCUAAUGUGGAAAUCCUCUUGACUGUGUCACAAUGAUUCUAGUAAUUCUAUACUAUUUGAAACGGCAUGGAUAAUAUAUAUGAAUAAAUGUGUAUACGUACAAUUGGAAACAAGCCUAUUUUUAUGUCUCAUUGCCUUUCAAAGGGAUUGGAUCAGUAUGUUGAGUAAUCCAGCAUUCACACUCCCUUUGGUCAUCUCAAUAUUAAAGUUCCAACAAUCAAAGAAUUCAUGAUAAUUCUGUGUGUUUAAAGAACAGACUGUCAAGAGGUUUGUCUGAAUUUUUACUAUGUCAUCCUUGCUGUAACAACUAACUUGUAUUGUGCAAUACAUGUAUAAUAGAAUGCUGUUUUCUUACUGUAUAAUACAUGUACAAGCUAUAGCUAUGGAUUAGAAAUAAGUAGGUAAGGAUGUACAGUGUUUGGCUGCAAUGAUUUCAAGUGAGAUUAGAUAGAUGACUAAGGAAUUAAUCAUACUGUACAUAUACCUCCUGUGGCUGUGAACCAAUUUUCAUGCAGCUGGAUGUAAAUUUU